CGGUGCGCUCUUCGUGUGAUGCACAUGUGGUCUUGCGCCUCUCCAGCGGAGAGGAACUGGGCAGUCCACGAGGGCAUCCACACGAAGAAGCGCAACAGGUUGGCCUUUGAGAAGGUCGUGCAGCUCGUUGAGAUCACCGCAAAUGUGCGAUUGACAGAGUAUCGGCGGGCAGGAUGCGGUUACGUGCUGCCAUGGCAGCGUGACGAGGGGAUGUUGGACUGCCAAGCAAGACUGGAGGUUGAGCCGGUGCGCACGGGCACGCGCCAGGGGAUGACGGCGGCGGAGAUUGCAGAGCAGGUUGCGCUUAUUACGCGCGAUCCCAUCGGGUCUUCCGCACCGCCAUCCGCUGAUGCCGUUUUUGAGAGACGUGCUUGCAUUUUCCGUCCGUACCCCAGGGACGAUGACUCGGAUGAGGAGCCCGCACCCGAGGGAUCAGAUGACCCUGCCCUGCCCAUCCCGAGCGAGAUCGACGAGACGCAUGAGGAGGCCAAUGAUGCAGAGGUGAGGACAUACACGGCUCGGCGGGCAGCGGACCGGGCAGAGGAGGAGAUGCAGGGGGGGGACGAGGAUUUAUGGGGCCCUUUCGGGGAGGUGGCUUCCACGGGUGAUGCGUGUGCUAACAGAGGCGGGGCCUCUCAUGCCGACACGAGCCGUGCAGAGGCGGGGAGACUGACUCCUGCUCCUGUCGCCCAAGAGUCGGCCGUUCAGCCACCUCCUGCGCCGAGUCCGGCACCGCCCACCCCCUUCUCGCCUCUACAGACGGCCACUACACAGGCGGAGACGGAGGAGUUGGCAUCCUCCUUGCCUCCGCACGGGUUUUUGCAGAGAUCGACGGUGGUUCGACAGCUGAGGUUACGAUCAACUUCACUUUGCUCCGCAGGAGAGGGAGGCGCUGCGUUUGGAGAGAGUUCGGGGGCGGAGGGGUUGGGGAUGCCUCAUGGAUCCCGCCGUGAGCAGACGGUUGCAGAGGCUAGUGCGAGGGUUGUUUUGUUGAGGAAGGGAGGAGGCCUUGUCACCAUCGAGGAGGAUGAUCCUGAGACGGAUGCGGCAGUGCGGGACGAGGACAAGGACUACGAUGGUGAGGAGGAGGGUGAGGAGGAGAGCGAGAGCGGUUCCGGCGGUGACGACGACUACGGCGACGAUGGGCCCCCACCUCCCCCGCCGACACAUGGAUCUAGACGCUCCGCUGCGCAGACUUCUUCGUCCGCACGAGCGACGAGGAGGUCGGCAUCUGGCACUCGAGGGGGUGCGAGGAGACGGAGCGGGAAGGGGAAGAAGGGUCAGAAAGAGGAGAGGGGGAAGGGAGAGGAGAAAAGAGGAGAGGAAAGAAGUAGGAGUGAUCAAAUGAGGAGAGUGGAGUCACUCACGUCAAAUGAUGAUAACAAUGAUGAUGAUGAUGAUGACGAUGAUGAUGAUGCUAAUGAUGAUGAUGAUGAUGGUGAUGAUGAUGAUGAUGAUGAUGAUGAUGAUGACGACGUGAAGAUGACUAUGCUGAUGUCGUCGAUGAUGAUGAUAAUGUUGAAGAUGAAGAUAAUGAAGAUUACCGUUGUUGUUGCACGUCCCAUCUACGAGUAAUAGGUCGUCGAGAAAACCACCAGGAUGCUGAAGCUGAAAGUCAACUGAGUCGUAGAGAACGUUUCACCUUAUGAAGCCAAGCAUC